AUGGAAAAAGAAGAUACCCAGGAGAUUGAUCGGGAGUCAAUUUUUCCUUCGGGAGUAGGAGAUUCGAUGAAAUCGAUACUUUCCAAGACCAACGACCUUACUUCCGCAUCGUUCAACAAGAUGAUGGACGCUUCGAUGCGAUUCUUUGGAUCCGAUGCAGAUCCAUACUCGUUUUUUGAUGAUAGCAUUGGAAAUAGUUCCAUAUUUAACACAUUCAAAAAUCUCUAUGGAUCUGAAUCGAGACCUGAUGGCUUUGUGACAUAUCCAGUUCCAAGCGUUGAGUUAUACUCGAAAUGUAAGAACAAGGAAGGUCUGGCAGCAUGGGAUUCACGUGGUUAUUGGCACUGCAUCUUUCCUCGCGCCCAAGUUUCUGAAGAGACGCUUAAAGACCCGAACACAAUGACCAAAGAAGACGUAGAGGCCGAUUUCGACCACAAGAAGUACGGUGUGUUCUUUGAGAACUUCAACGAUCUAAUGGAUUGGCGUGUGAAGAUGCGCGAGGUGGUGAAGCAGAAGACCGAGAAGGAGUGGUCUCAGUACCGAGAGCAGGAGAAGGCCAAAUGGAACUUUCUUAAUCAAGGAAUGAAGGACGAGGCUUCUACAGAAUCGACUGCUAUCGACUCGUCUGCAGAUGAUGGUGUAUACAAUUUCCCAACGGCCUCCACAUCCGGACCUACAUUGAGUGCAUCAGGAACGUCGACGUCUACAGUGGUCAAUACACUGGAUAAUGGAGAUAUCGAAAAGAGUACCGUUGUUAGACGGUACUUUGAUAACGGAACAUCGGAAGAAAGAGAGUACAAGGAGAUUAUCGAUGGAAAGACAGGAAGAUCCAAGAUUGUGGACCAGAACGUGAGCAAAUAUCCAAACCACAGCGCCUUGAAGAAGGGGGGAUGGUUCUGGAACAAGAAGGAUUGA